UUUUUAAAUUACGCCGCGAGUUCUUCUGAAAUGGCUAAAAAGGAGACGAUUAUUCACUGGUUUCGCAAGGGAUUGCGAAUCCACGACAACCCGGCACUAUCGCUGGCUGUGGACAAGGUUCGGCAAAACCCCAACAAGUACUGCCUGCGACCGAUAUUCGUGCUUGAUCCGGCAAUCCGCAAGUGGUUGCGCGUGGGCCCGAACCGGUGGCGCUUCCUUCAGCAGACGCUCGUGAAUCUGGACGAAAACUUGAGAACAAUCAAUACCAGACUGUAUGUCGUACGUGGGAAUCCGGUGCAGAUUUUCCCGGAUCUGUUUGACCGUUGGAACGUGUCGCUGCUUACCUACGAACACGAUAUCGAACCAUAUGCGGUCCAGCGUGAUAAAACGGUUCAAGAGCAAGCUCGGAAGCACAAUGUGGCCACUCACGUCGAAGUGUCGCAUACCAUUUUCGAUCCAGAAACGAUUGUUAAGCGCAACGGAGGGAAACCUCCGCUCACCUAUCAAAAGUAUGCCUCUGUGGCCGCGGCCUGCAAAAUACCGCUACCGUUGCCUGCUCCACAGAAACUACCGGAGACAGGGGUCGAACCGGAGAAGGAUUCACAAGAACUUAAGAACCAUUCAUGCUACGAGCCGCCCACAAUGAGCGAGCUGGAUGUGGAUGAAGAAUCGCUGCAAGAUUGCAAAUUCCCUGGGGGUGAAACCGAAGCAUUGCGGAGGAUGGAGCAGUGCCUAAGUCGUAAAGCGUGGAUAUGCAGCUUCGAGAAACCGAAUACAUCACCCAAUUCCUUGGAACCGUCGACGACGGUGCUGAGUCCGUACCUUAAAUUUGGUUGCCUAAGCGCACGAUUGUUCUACAGUCGGAUACAGGAGAUUAUCAAGGGACAGAAACACUCGCAACCUCCGGUAUCGCUGAUAGGGCAGGUAAUGUGGCGCGAAUUCUACUACUGCGUUGCCGCUGUUACGCCCAACUUUGAUAAAAUGUCAGGGAAUGAGGUCUGUAUCCAGGUUGACUGGGAUACAAACAAGGAGUAUCUGGACGCAUGGACAGAAGGAAGGACAGGGUAUCCGUUCAUCGAUGCCAUCAUGCGACAACUACGACAGGAAGGGUGGAUCCAUCACCUCGCUCGACACGCCGUUGCAUGCUUUCUAACCCGUGGCGACCUGUGGAUAUCAUGGGAAGAGGGUCAACGAGUAUUCGAGGAGCUUCUACUUGAUGCCGAUUGGGCGCUGAACGCGGGCAACUGGAUGUGGCUAUCGGCGUCUGCCUUCUUCCAUCAGUACUUCCGCGUGUACAGCCCGGUUGCGUUCGGUAAGAAGACGGAUCCGGAAGGGAAGUAUAUCAAAAAGUAUGUUCCCGAGCUGGCCCGCUUCCCAUCCGGCAUAAUCUACGAACCAUGGAAGGCGAAUCUCGAAACGCAAAAGAAACUGGGCUGCAUCAUUGGAAAGGAUUACCCCAAGCGUAUCGUAGUGCAUGAGGAAAUAUCGAAAACCAACAUCCAGCGAAUGUCGGCGGCGUACCGGAGAAAUAAGGCACUCAAGGAAGGUGGACAAUCAGAAGCUAGUGUCAGUGAGGACGCCGGAAGCGCGACUCCAAGUAAAUCAUCCAGUAAGCGAACCUCAUCCAACGGGUCCUCGAAAACGAAACCAUCUCCGAAGAAACGAAAGCUCGAAGCUACUAUUACCAAGUUUCUAAAGAAAAAGUAACUAACGUGAGGCUAGUUGUGUCAGAAAAUACUCAUUUAAUGGGAAUGUAUUACUAGAGGUGUUCCCAUUUAUCGUGAACACAGUAUUUGUUGCAUUUAAAAUUAGAAAUAAACACCGCAGG